AUGCCUCCUACUGAAGACAAGCGAAAAGCCGCGCGCGAAACAAUCGAUAUCCUCUACGAAAUUUCUUCUUUGCUUAACACAAAUUUGGACCGCCAGUCGCUAUCUUAUUGUGUCUCGCUCAUCGAAAAUGGUGUAAACCCAGACGCCCUGGCUACUGUCAUCAAAGACCUCCGAGACCGCAACGGCGUUGCCACAGAACCUCGUGAAAAGUAA